AUUGCAACAAGCAUCACCUUGCCGUGAGGAAUGUGCAGUGCAGUGCGCCAUUGCGACUCUAUCGUUCACAGCAACGGGGGUCUAAUAGAUGCAGUGUUGAUCCGCUAGCCUACGCAUUCGUCAUCUUCCUUGUCUCCAGCGCCAAGGAGCGAUCUGUGACUGGGUUGCGACUGAAAGAGAGAGACGCGAGAGAAUGGUGCCCGUCCACCCGCGGAUGGCGCAGGCCUUGACCAUGCCGCUCUAUCUUCAGCCACUCAUGCCGACCGGCUUGCAGGCGGUCGACCUCGAGUUUAUCUUCGGCCUGCAUGUGGUCCUGUCCAUGGUCGCCGUCACAUCUAUGAUACAUCCACGCUACACACUCUCGCUCGCCAUCCUAGGCUUGAUCGUGACGUCUGAGCCACUCCUGCCUUCCAACAACAGCCGCGGCGCGUCGCUCCUGGUGGUCUUCACGCUGAUCUGGUUCCUCUCCGUCCCGCUCGACAUCUUCUGGUUCUUGAGCUACAGAUAUGCGACGGACAGCAUCGCUGUAUUUACGCUCUGCGCUAACAUGUGCUUCAAGGUUGUCAGCUUGGUCUCCUGCUCCAGCCUGCUUGUCCAACUCGGACUCGUCGACGAAUCUACAGCAGCAGGUACAAGUACAGGAGCGGGCGACAGGGGCGAUAGCGGUCUGUCGUCCAGCUCGCACCCUCAAGUCUGGAACCGCUCUGCCGGAAGCAGCAGCGGCGGCGUCGGUAACUCUUUCGGCAGGUCCGCCGAGCAAGCAAGAGACGGGCCGCCAACAGGGAACAUCCCUGGCGGAUACAGAGACGACGACGCACAAGCACAAGAGGAAUCUGUCGUGUUUGUUGGCGAGGAGGAUGCAAUACCAGUCUCCUCGACUACCACGCUGUUCGACAGCACUGCAGCUGGUGGUCCAACGCCUCCGUCGUUGGCGAACAGCGCUCCCAAGCAGUCGCAACAACACCCUGCAGGAUACCACACGCUUGAGUAAAAUAUCUUCUGUAGCGCACGCUAUCAUCCAAUACUCCAUGGACAAAUAUCUCAAUCUUCUAUGGACG